AUGAAGGUCCUGGCUCUCUGUGUUCUUCUUUGCGCCUUGAUGGCUCUGACCGAGUCUGAAGGUGAGUCUAUCAAACACAAACAGCGGUUCGGUCUUGAUGCAUUUUUUCUUGGGAAUUUUCAGUCGUGUCGUUUCAUGUUAAGUAAACUAGUGUACUCAGUAAUACUUCUUACUCUCCAUGUUUUGCGGCCCAGAGGUUUGGAAAAAGAUUGGUUCCCGCUCUUUUGCCUACAUCUCCAAAAAGAUGUCUUGGGAUGAUGCAGAGGUAUGAAAUCAAUCACAUGAGCUACAUAUGGAUUCUACGUUAAUUUCUGUUUGAUAACUUACAGAUUUUUUCUGUUUAUCUUCACUCAGCAAAACUGUAUCCAACUGGGAGGUCACCUGGCAUCCAUACGGUCAUCCACGGAGCACAUAGCUCUUAAAAUUAUGAUAAAAGAGAACGCCAACUGGAACCCACACGUGUGGAUUGGAGGCACUGAUAGUACCGAGGUAUGUCAUGAAUCACCACGGCAAAGUGUGCACUUACAGAGAUGUUGAUCAAGACAGGCUUAAAGGGAUAUUCUGGCGUAAAUUUAAGUUAUGGUCAAACACACGUAACACUGAGUUAGACAUUCCCUGAGAGAUGAAUGUUGCCGACUCGUCAGGGCUCCCCCUAUAAACAAGUGGCUGCUGGAGGAGAGUGGGUGAGUCGUGUUAGGUCUCUUUGCUAAAGAAAUUAGGCAAAGUUAAAAAGAUGUUUGGUAGCUAGUCCUAUGGCUGAAACCCCUAUGUACUGUUGAUAUAGAUUGGCUGUUGGGUUGUGGUGUGCACGUGGAGUGGUAGACGACUGUGAAUUGCUAUCAUGCGGUUGUUACUAAAGUUGGUAUAACUAGAGAAGCAAGCGGUCGGCAACAUUCAUCUCUCAAGGGGGUGUCUAAUUCGGUGUUACGGUGUGUUUGACCCUAACUUUAAUUCACGCCAGAUUAUCCCUUCAAACCGCAGAGCUGUUGCAAAGCGAUCUCAGAUGUUUAUCACAGAUUACCAAGGCAAUGAGGAAGUGCACUCAGCAUUCCAGAUAACACGACUGAAUUUGCACAUCCUGUGAUGGUAUUGCCCAAUGUACCAAUGUUUUUAUAUAAUCUUCUCUGUUUUCCAGAAUGAUGUUUGGCGCUGGACAGACGGUUCUCCUUUUAAGUACAGUAACUGGUGCCCCGGAGAGCCAAACAACUUUAUCUUGAAUCUUUCAGUGCAGCAUUGUCUGCAAAUGAAUUACAGCGGUAAAUAAAUAACACAUUUACUAUAUUUCAACAGCAUAUAAUUCCUGUUUACACGUGAUGUUGCAAAUGUAAUCUAACCCUCUAUAACCUUUCCCUGUCCUGUGUUUCUGAUAUUCACAGAUCGUAGAUGCUGGGAUAAUGUCGACUGUUGGUACGCUAUUCCUUCUAUCUGUGCUAAGGGGUAA